CCAAUCAGAGCGCUAGGAGGAAAACGUUGCUAUCACGUUAGUAAUAGUUGUCGGUACUCGUUCGAUUUGAGAAUUGUGGUGAAAUUAUGAGUUUGUUUCUGCCUAAAUUGUCGUGUAAAAAGGAUGUAGACGAAGUGAUUAAAAGCGUUGCAGAGAAAGUGCUGGUGUUGCGCUUUGGCCGAGAUGAAGACUCCGUGUGUAUGCAGCUCGACGAGAUUCUCUCUAAAACCUCCCAUGACCUCAGUAACAUGACCUCCAUCUAUCUUGUGGAUGUGGAUAAAGUGCCAGUUUACACCAGAUACUUUGACAUCAGUUAUAUUCCAUCAACUGUCUUCUUUUUCAAUGGACAGCACAUGAAGGUGGACUAUGGGUCUCCAGAUCAUACCAAGUUUGUUGGAUGUUUUAAAACAAAGCAGGACUUCAUUGACCUUGUUGAGGUGAUCUUCCGUGGUGCCAUGAGAGGGAAACUGAUCGUGCGAAGCCCAAUUGAUCCACGAAAUAUUCCUAAAUAUGAUCUGCUCUAUCAUGGGAUUUAGCUGUGACUUGUUGCUCUACAAAUUUACAGGAUGGGUUUGUGAAAUGUGGGUUAAAUUACACAAACAUAUGAACUCACCGUUUUAUAAAGCAUGGCUUCGAGGGGUUUGCUUGUAUUUGUAAAACUAUUGGAUGUCAAGGGCAGUUUAGUUGUUUCCAAUGGAAAUGCUCUUUUUGUACAGAUGCCAUAAUUUCUACAUUUCUGUAUUUUGUAUGUAUGAAAUGACAUGGUACCCUUUUGUUUUUAAAGAAAUAUAAAAAAUUUGUAUACCUGUAAAAAGCAAUUAAAUGAGUUACAAAACACGA